AUGCCUUCUGCUGAAUUCCAAGCUGCUGCCGACGCUGUGCAGAAACUUCCCUCGAAGCCCACCGACGACGAGCUUCUUUCGCUCUACGGUUUGUUCAAGCAAGCUACCGUCGGUGACAACGAUACCCCCAAGCCCGGUGUCUUUGACCUCAAGGGCAAGUACAAGUGGAACGCGUGGGACAAGCUGAAGGGCAAAUCGACCGAGGAGGCAGAGAAGGAGUACAUCGCGCUGGCGGAGAGCUUGAUUGCAAAGUACGGCUCGUCGUAA